AUGUUGGGGAACUACUCUAGUGCCACAGAAUUUUUUCUGUUAGGUUUUUCUGGCACCAAAGAGCUACAUUACAUCCUUUUUGUGACCUUCCUUCUCUUUUACUCAAUGACAAUAUUGGGAAAUAUGCUGAUCAUCAUAGUAGUCCAUGCUGACAAACGUCUGCAGUCUCCCAUGUACUUCUUUCUUGGCCACCUCUCUGUCCUGGAGAUCCUCAUCACAUCCGUUGCUGUCCCUUAUAUGCUCCAGGGGCUACUUCUACAGACGCAGAUAAUAUCUUUGUCUGCAUGUUGCAUACAACUGUAUUUGUACCUUUCUUUGGGGAGCUCAGAGUUAAUAUUAAUAGGGGUGAUGGCAGUGGACCGGUAUGUGGCUGUCUGCAACCCUUUGAGAUACAGUGUCAUCAUGAGCAACCAUACUUGUACCUGGAUGGUAACCGCGUCAUGGGUAUUUGGUUUCCUCUUCCAAAUAUGGCCAGUCUAUGCCACAUUUCAGCUUACUUUCUGCAAGUCAAACCUAUUAGAUCAUUUCUACUGUGAUCGGGGACAGUUGUUCAAGCUAUCCUGUGAAAACACCCUUUUCACAGAGUUUAUUCUGUUUUUAAUGGCUGUUUUCAUUAUCAUUGGUUCCAUGAUCCUUACAAUUAUCUCUUACACAUACAUCAUCUCCACCAUCCUCAAGAUCCGCUCAGCCUCUGGCCAGAGGAAAGCCUUCUCCACCUGUGCCUCCCACUUCACCUAUGUCGUGAUUGGCUAUGGCAGCUGUUUGUUCCUCUAUGUGAAACCCAAGCAGACACAGGCAGCAGAGUAUAACAGGGUGGCCUCACUGCUGGUGUUGGUGGUGACCCCCUUUCUGAAUCCUUUCAUCUUCACUCUUCGAAAUGACAAAUUCAUAGAGGCCUUCCGAGAUGGAGUGAAGCGCUCCUGCCAACUUCUCAAGCAUUAG